AUGGCAGAUGCAGAACAAUCUUCGGAGAAUCCCUGCCAGAGGUCAGAUGGCAGUGAGCACUCGGGCUCCGGAUCUGCUUCUUUGUCCGAUGCGUCCGACGCAUCCAGUGCAGAUGGAGCAGACGCUGAGUCCGAGUCUGGUUGGCUGGCUGCUCCAGCGAUUGAGCCAGCAAAAUCGGUAGUGAAGCCGGCCUCGGCAUUCUUGAAGAAGGGCAAGUCGAGGACACGAAGCAUCGACAAGGAGACGAUGAACAUGUGCAGAGUGACGGUUGCCAAAGUAUUGAAGUCCAAUUACUGGGACCUUUUUACUUGUCUGGUGGUGAUUUGUGACAUUACCCUGACAUGCGUUGACAUUGACUACCGUGCCAACGAUUGGAUCAGCCCGCCUUGGAUUGGAAUUCUCUCAACAACUUGCUUGAUUCUUUACGUCUGCGAAUUGCUGGCAAAUCUGGCAGUGCGAGACUGGGCAUUUCUGAAGGAAAUAUGGGCAGUGCUGGACGUACUCAUCAUUUUGUCGGGCCUUGCGGAAGUUGUCCUAGAUUCCGUUGGCAUGGGGGCGGACAGCUUUGGGCUGCUGCGGGUUCUGCGAUUGGUUCGCAUCAUGAGGCUUUUCCGGCUCUUUCGGAAAUUUUCAUUGCUGAAGGAAUUUCGCAAGCUGCUUUUGAUGAUCGUGAGUUGCUUCAAGACACUCUUUUGGUCUUUCUUGUUUUGUUUCAUUUGCAUGGCUGCAUGGUCUAUGUUGGCCGUCGAGAUGCUUCAUCCAAUUAUGGAUGAACUAGAAGCAGAAUGGCGUGACUGCACUUUCUGCGCUCGCUCCCUUAGUACCGUGAUGGAUGCCAACCUGCUCCUUUUCAAGACAGUGGUUGCGCUGGACUCGUGGGGAAAAGUGGCUCUUCCUGUGAUUCAGCACACCCCUUCCGCCGCCAUUAUUUUUUGUGGCUCGCAGCUGACGAUUGUGUUCGGCAUUCUGAACUUGAUUGUCGCAGUUGUCGUGGAUCAAUUUGCUGAGCAGCGGACAAAGGACGUGACCAACAUGGCAAAUGACUUGGAACAGGAAAAUGAUGAAGAAUUGCGUAGACUGGACAAGAUGUUUCAACUCAUUGAUGGAGAUGGUGAUGGAGAAUUAACCUUGGUCGAACUUCUGGAGGGAGCCACCAAAAGCAAAGAAUUUCAGAACCGCCUCAGGGUGAUGGACAUCGAUCAGGCGGAUUUGUUUCAGCUCUUUUCCAUGUUGGACGCGGAUGGUGGGGGCACCAUAGACCCGGAAGAGUUCAAGCAAACCCUUGCCCGAUGGAACAUGGACGCAAAGACAUCAAAUCGUUUCAUUCGGUAUGCGCUGCAGCAACUCAUGAAAGAUCACGCCAAUGCUGCGCAGAGACUGUGUGUGAUGGAGGAGCGCCUGUCAGCGGCUCUAUACCGUGAGCAGGCUGCAGUGCGGAAGGAAGAGCGACGAAAGGGAAAGCUGCUCAGAGGACUGCGCCUUGCUCAGCGUUUCCGAGACCUCAGAGCGCUCCCAGCACACAAACGAUCCUCAAAAGAGGUGCAAAUCAAUGACUUCACCGUCUUGCAUGGUGACAACUUCGGCCCAAAAUGUUGGAAGCCUUCGCGGCCCAAUCGCUUUAUGUUCGAAGCCUUGCAGCCAUCAGUUCCAUCCAUAUGA